GGCGUCCAUUCAAAGUUCCCGAGCCCGUGUUGAGGGUCCAGUGCUCUGCUGAGUGAAGGUCUGUCGUGGUUCUCGUGUUCAGGUGAAGCGGAGCCGCUGAUCCAGCCUAAAGCUCCUCUAGCCUCAGAGAAGCUCAGCCGAGCCGAGAGCGGUCCACCCUGCCGGGCUUUUCUCCCACUUCCUUUCUCGCGUCUCCGCUGCUUAGGCGGUUUCACUCUCGCUCUAAUCCUGCACUUAAAUUCGCACUUAGUUGUGGAAAAUGCACUUGUGGUCACAGCUAGCGUAGGAGAGGGAAGGCGAGGAGGCUCGUAUGGGUGACUGGACGCUUCUUCAGCCUUUCAUCGACUUCCAGCACUCACAGAAAGUGGACUUGAAGACGAGAAGUGCAAGGUCUGAGGAGAUAAGAGGAAGAGCAGAGAAAAAACAAGCAGGAGUACAAAAGAGCCGUGCUGUGGGAAAAGGGAAAGCGUGAAGUAGAGAGAAAGGCCUGCGAGGGGAUCAGCUAGGAAGCAUGGGGAAACAGAACAGCAAGCUGCGGCCCGAGGUGCUCCAAGACCUGCGGGAGAAUACCGAGUUCACUGACCACGAGCUGCAGGAGUGGUAUAAAGGCUUUCUGAAGGACUGCCCCACAGGUCAUCUCACUGUGGAAGAGUUCAAAAAGAUCUAUGCCAACUUCUUCCCUUACGGAGAUGCCUCCAAGUUUGCCGAGCACGUGUUCAGAACAUUCGACACCAACGCCGACGGGACUAUUGACUUCAGGGAGUUCAUCAUCGCGCUGAGUGUGACGUCACGAGGGAAGCUAGAGCAGAAGCUCAAGUGGGCCUUCAGCAUGUACGACCUGGACGGCAACGGAUACAUCAGCCGAGCAGAGAUGCUGGAAAUUGUUCAGGCUAUCUAUAAGAUGGUUUCUUCUGUGAUGAAGAUGCCAGAGGAUGAGUCUACUCCAGAGAAGAGGACAGAUAAGAUUUUCAGACAGAUGGACACCAACAAUGAUGGAAAGAUUUCUCUGGAGGAGUUUAUCAAAGGUGCCAGGAGUGACCCCUCUAUUGUCCGCCUUCUCCAGUGUGACCCCAGCAGUGCCAGCCAGUUCUGAGCUUCAGCCAUUGUGAUUCCGGCCGGCAUAGCACAUCCUAAUAGUGUUCAUUUAAGUGCAGAGUGCACACUGUAAGUUUUUAUGUCACUGUGUAGGAAUUUUAUCACUGUAGUCAGUAUGAGAUUCACUGAUUCCUUCACAGCAUGUCACAGAACCCCUGGUUUGGUUUUGUGGACCUGUUUGCAAUUGUGGAUUUUGAGGAGUUCAAGAGCUCAGUCAUCAGUCCUAGUACCAUUAUGCUUCAGAGUACCACAUAUUAUGGAAUGGGAAUGUGGUGUUGUGUAAUUUUCUCUGCGUUUGUGAUUUAAUGGUUAUUGGAACAAUUGGGAAAAAAGAAUGUGUUUAUGAGAAGGCAGCACUGUUAAGGACUGUCAUGUUCAUUUUAGUGAGCAGUUUAAGACUGAGUUUAAGCGGGCAAGUUCUAAGUGUAAAAUGAUCUCAGUCUUUUGUUUUAGCUGGAUUUUUAAAAUUCCAUCCAAGUGUUAUAUUUGCAUUGUUUUGUGCGUAUUGAUAAGUUUCUGGUUGAAAAUGCAAGCAUUCUCUAGAUCCACAGCACCCUUCAGAUUCCUUCUCCUGGACUGCAUGGACGUUCAUCAGUGUGCCUUUGUGAGUGGCUGUUCUUUUAUAAAUGCAAUGGAUUGAUCCUGUUCGUGGUUCUGCAUUUUGUCAGACGGUUUGCUUACAACCUUGCUGUUGCAUGUUUUUUGACAAAAUUUUUAUAUUACUGUUGUGGUGAAUGUAAGGACUGUACUGAUAUUGUUUUGUAUUUUUUGCCAUUACUGUUGUAAAUAGUGCACCCCCUAUGGAAUAUAGUGAAGCCCAAUGUGAACGCCUUGUUCUUUUUCCUUUCCUUAUUCUUCUCUCAGUGUCAUAUUACUCUGCCAUCAGAAAAAGACGCAUUAUUUCAGCGUGCCACAUGCUGUAUCUUCAUGCACUACCUGUCAGAUAGCACAUUUCAGUAAUGUAGAUUGCGCAUCUGGGACUUUGUCGUUUUCAGUUUUCCGUUUCCCAUCGCCAUAGAAACAGGCCUGUCAUAAGAUGCUACUUGACGGAGAUUGGGAUGCUUCUGACCCCACGACUGGCUUUCUCUAGCACAGUCAUUAACAUGGCAUCAGGAACAUGUCAAGCGAAGUGUCACUGGAAUCUCCACUGUGACUUCUCAGACGUUAAGUAAACACUUCUGGUUAAACAGUGUGAGAAUGAAGGAAAAAUCGAGUCUAAAUUGUGAUCAUAAGCGUAAAACUUAAAUCCCUCUAUGACAGUUAUGACCCUGGCACCAGAGCAGAGCAUUAAGCCAGCUAGCUUUGACAUUUUUUUUGUUCUACACUGCUGUUCAUGGUUAUAACAGAUGUCUUGCAGUAUUUAUAAAGAAACUGUAACCGUGCUAUUAAUAUAAAAGCUCUGGAGUGUUAUUGUGACAAUUCCCCUUUUGUUUGUAUUAAAAUGUUGUGCUUCCUUUUUGGAUUGAAA